AUGGCGGACAGAGCGGUUCUUGUGCGGAGAACCGCUGUCAUUGGGCUCAAAACCACACUGGAAAAGCGACUGGGAAAGACGCUCGGAGUGUGUGGGACGGUUACACAAGGGACAUACGGAGGCAAUGGUAAUAACCAAGAACCACUGUAUAAAAACAAAACGGCCUAUUACGAUAUUUUAGGAGUUUCUGCAAAAGCCACUCAAGCCCAGAUCAAAACGUCCUACUACAAACAGUCUUUCUCCUAUCACCCGGACAGAAAUGCGGGCAGUGAGGAGGCUACACAGCGCUUCUCGGAGAUAAGCGAGGCGUACAUGGUGCUGGGAAACAAGGCUCUGCGGAAGAAGUACGACCGCGGCUUGUUGAGCUCAUCAGACCUCACAGCGGGCAGAACUUCCACCAAAAAUCUCAGCACCGCGGGAUCUAAGCCCCAGAGCGACACCCGUAGCCGGCCCAUUGUGGAGCUGAGGAGGGACGGCCAGAUCUUUGACUUUGACCAGUUUUUCAAAUCUCACUACGGCGACCAGCUGCAGAGGGAGCGGAACAUGCGCAUGCGCAGAGAGGAGUUGAAGAAAACCAAAGAGGGAGUGGCUGAGAAGAACGUGGAGAUGAUGACGGGCGUAGGUGUGGGAAUACUUCUGUUCAUGAUUUCGGGCGUUCUCUUGAGCCUUAAAUGA